UAUUGACGCCAUAUUGGGGCCGGCGGCGGGUGGAAUAGUCGUACAGUGGAGGGGGAAGCGGCUGGACGUGACCGCUUGAGCUCCUCCUGCCGCCGCCACCUCGCAAUCUCUCCGCAUCGACCGCCACUCUCAAGCUUCUGACCUUACUCGGGCGUAUUAGUAGCCGCGUUCCAGCCUCAUACCUCACGGGGCUGGUAUCGACUUUCGAAGGGAACCGGUCUCAGCGCAGGAGCGCCUCAGGCGCGGCGCAAAGCUCGAACGGACGGCGGGGGCGGCCGGAGCCUCUCCCGGGGGAGCUGUGCCUGAGGAGGCGGAAGAGCCCCCCUGACGCGGCUGUCGUGAGCGGCCGCCACCGCCCCUCCCGCUCUCGCUCGGGCCGGCCGGGCCACUGCCCCUGCCGCGGAGGGAGCGGCGGCGGCGGCUCUUAUCUCCUCACUGGCGCUCCACCACCCGCCUUUCUGCUCUUGAGCCCGUCGGUUAGGUUCUCCUCGAGUCCCCGCUCUCCCCCACUUCCCUCACCCUCCCCUCCCGUCACCCUUCCCCGACCCCACCCGAGCCCGGUCCUCGGCUGCCCCGGCCAUGGCGUGCGGAGCCACUCUGAAAAGGACUCUGGAUUUCGACCCGCUGCUGAGCCCGGCGUCCCCGAAGCGGAGGCGAUGUGCGCCAUUGUCGGCGCCCACCUCGGCUGCUGCUUCUCCGUCGUCGGCGGCCGCCGCCACCGCCGCCUCCUUCUCGGCUGCCGCCGCCUCACCGCAGAAGUAUCUCCGAAUGGAGCCGUCCCCCUUUGGCGACGUCUCCUCCCGCCUCACCACAGAACAAAUUCUGUACAACAUAAAACAAGAGUAUAAACGCAUGCAGAAGAGAAGACAUUUAGAAACUAGUUUCCAACAGACAGAUCCAUGUUGUACUUCUGAGGCACAACCACAUGCAUUUCUCCUCAGUGGACCAGCUUCACCAGGGACUUCCUCUGCAACAUCCUCACCAUUAAAAAAAGAACAGCCCUUAUUCACUCUACGGCAGGUUGGGAUGAUCUGUGAACGUUUGUUGAAAGAACGUGAAGAGAAAGUUCGAGAAGAGUAUGAAGAAAUACUGAACACAAAACUUGCAGAACAAUAUGAUGCAUUUGUGAAGUUUACGCAUGAUCAAAUAAUGCGACGAUAUGGAGAACAGCCUGCUAGCUGUAAGUAUUUCAUCUUUAAACUGAAUGCAAACCAUCUUUUAAAGAGAAGACAUUUAUUAUAAUUAUCUACAUACUCAAGAGAAUUUAACAGAAAAUCAUGGAGAAAAAGGCUGGAGGAAACAGGCAGUAAAAUUUUAGUAAGGUUUACUUUUGGUUACUUAAAUACCUAAGGGUAGUGUUGGGGAUGAAGAUCUGGUAUGUCUUUGAAUUUUGACCUGGACUUUGCACUAAUUUUCCUUUUCCUCCCCCUUUAGAUGUUUCAUGAAUCACGUUUUCUGCAUUUGUGGGCUGCCUUGUUCCUUGUUGAGUUGUUGCAAGAGGUCCUAAUUAUGACAUGCAGCAAUGCCAAUACCCCCCUGUGAAUACAGGUUAUUUCAAGCUUUCGUCAGUGGCAACCACUCUUAGGCAGCAACUGGUUUUGGAAAUUUCCCUGAUGUCAGUACCAUCUGGAUGUGGACCUUUGCUACCUGUAUUAAUGCCAGUGGCCUCAUUUGCUGUAUCAUUACAAUUUGGCUUCUUAUAUUAAUAUGUUUGAAAAGGAUUAAAGCUGGUAUUCUAAGAA